UCCUAGUCUUCGACAACAGCUUGCCCUGCGCGCCCCCUUGCACAAAAGAGGACUUACCGUGCAACUUGAACGACUUGAUUUUAAGUGGCUAGGUAAUCCGCUCUCUCCGGCCUGCUGCCACGCCAGUGUAGUCUGCAUUGACUGACCACGCAAGGAGUUCCAAGCUGACCGACGACAAGAUGGAGGAAGCGCGAUCAGCGCUGCAAGCAUUGAAUUACAGGGAGCUUCAGGCGCGUGCGAAGGCGCUGGGUGUCCGCGCGAAUGGCAAGAGCACCGACUUGGUGGAGAAAGUUGCCAAGGCGAUGGUGUCUGGCCCCGUCAAUGGAAGCGACGGACCCGCGACGCCGAGUUCACUCAGCGCUUACGACGCAGAUGAGAACGCCACUCUGCAGGCCAGCGCGGGGCCUCUCUUGUCCACGCCCCCGGCGACUGGGCGACCGCUGACACCCUCCACUACCACCCCCAUUGCCACCGGCCUUCCCGACGACCCACUCACGGUUGCAGCCACCGCGACCAAGCGUGCAGCGGAUGCCUACGCAGCAGCCCGCUGUGAGCUGAUGGGAACGCCCUCGCUUGCCGACCUAGCCGCGAAGGCUUCGGCGGCAGCGCUGGCAGCCUCGAUGGCAAACCUGCGCCUUCAGAGCGAAAUCAAGCCCAGCGUUUCACGGUUGGCACCGGCCUCGCUGCUGCGCGCCCGCGCCCUGGCGCAAGACGCGCAAGGCUCGCAGCUCAUGGCGACGACGCCGUACCCGGCUGCCGCCUUCCCCUCCACCUCGCUGGGGGCGGUUUCUGGCCCAUUGGCAAGCUUGCAGCACCUGACGCCCAAGCAGCCUGGACCAGUCCUGUGCGGGGGUGUUGGCGUGCCGGAGCUGGAGCUCAUGCCAGCGGGCCUUGCAAUGGAAAGGAGUGCGGGUGUGGAGGUGGAGGUGCCGGAUAGCGACCUCAUGUCGCAGUUGGAGCAGGAGGAGGCGCUGCUGGAGGAGUCAGUGCGGCGGCUCGCAUUUGGCGUGGGUGCGUCGCCAGGACCGUCCGCAACCUCUGCGCGCAUGGCGGCCGUCACGCUCGGCGACAUUGCCGCGGCCAGUGCUACGCAGCAGCAGCAGCAGAGCCCGCUGACGCCUACGCUGGCCCCGGCGCGGCUGCUCGCAUCAAUCGCUGGCACCAGCAGCGGCAACAGCGGUGGUGCAAGUGCCAUGGAGCUGGGCGCUGAGGGAAACGGCGAGGCGGGCGGCGCUGGCAGCCAGGCAGAAGCCGAGCGGCAGCAGGCAGGACGUAAUGCAAGCACGCCGGCCGCACGCGCCAUGGGCUGUGGCAGCAGCAGCUGUAGCCCCAUGGAACUCGCCGCAGCUGCUGUUGCCACUGCUCACCAGAACGCCACGCACACUGCCUCUGCGUGCGCGCCCUCUGGCAGCAGCGCUGGCGCUGACGCAGCCGCCGCGGGAGCGGGCAAUGUGGCAUUGGAAGAGGCGCGGCGCAGACGGGCGGCAGCCGGUGCAGGUGGCGUCGUAGCGGCCGCUUCGUCGGUCUCAAGCGCGAUGCUGAUCACGGACCGGACGCCAGCUCGCAUGCAGCGUAUGAUGGGUAUCGCAAUGGUGCCGCCCGUGUCCAUGGCGCCCGUGCCCACUCCCCAGCCGGCGGCGCGGCCCGUCGGCGGCGUCGGCAAUGCAAGCCUGCUGGGCGGUCUUGGGCUGGGCGGAGGUACUGGCGGUGUAGGGAGCGUGCUGGGUCUGCCCCGCACGCCCGGUACGGGACUGCGCACUCCGGCGCGGCGCGUAGCGGUGGUCAGCGACGAAGCGCAGGCCCAAGCGUUGGAUGAGUGGGUGCGGCACAACCUGCUGGUGCCAGCACCUGGCACGGCGGCGGCGGCGUCUGUGACGGGAGUGGACAAUGGCGAUGCUGUAUCCUGGAACGAGUUAAUCGGCCUGGACGACGCCAAGCAGCAGCUGCAGGCCAUCUGCUGUGCACACGCGGAGACGCUGGUCGCGGCCGCCGGCAGCAGCCCGGGCGCCGCUACCACCACCACCACCACCAGCUGCGGCGCAACAGCUGCACCCAGCACCUCCGAUGCGCCGAGGCGCACAUCCGCCCGUGUGGCCACCACUGGCCGGACCCCCGGUCGCACGCCGGGCCGCGCCACAUCCUCAGGCCGCUCCACCAGCAGCGCCGCACCAGGUCCCACCGCACCCAGCAGCGCAAGCGGCUCUCCCACAACGUCCCCCUCCCCUGCUGCCGUUGUCAGCGCCGGCGAGACCGGAGGCGCUGCGCGCCAGGGCACGACGGCAGCGCGCAACCUGGCAGUGCUGCUGUGCGGUCCACAGGGCGCCGGGAAGGGUUUGCUGGCUCGGGCGCUGGCGGCGCAGACAGGCGCGGCGUACCUGCGGGUGCCGGGCGACCUGCUUGCCAGGGCCGGGGCCGUGGCGGGCGCCAAGCCGCUGCCCCACGGGCCCGGUCACAUGGACGCGGUGGUCCGCGCCGUCUUCCGGGUGGCGUCAGCCUCAGCGUCCGGCAGCAACCCGGGCAACGUUGACGGCAUUGGCGCCAGCAGCAUCAUUGAGGGCUGCGGCGCUGCAGUGGUGGUGCACCUGGACGACGUGGACCAGCUGGUCGGGCUGGAGGCAGCGGGCCGGGACACCCCCGAGGGCCGCCGCAUCCGCACCGAGCUGCUAGUGGCUAUGGACGCGCUCCUGCUGCAGCACCAGCAGCAGCCUGCCGCUGCCGGCAGCCGCAACAGCGCCGCCCCGAGCGGCAGUAGCAGCAGCAUUGCAGCGCCUACAUUCCGCGUGCUGGUGCUGGCCACCACCAGCCGCCCCGAGCAACUGGAUGACGCCAUGACUGCCAGGCUGGGCGCCAGCGACUGCCUACUGGCAGGUGCCCCCGAGUCUGACGCGCGGGAGUUGUUCCUGGUAGCCCGAUUGGCAGCGGAAGGCGCAGCUCUUGGAGUGGAGCAGAUCGACCAGCUCGUGACGCAGACGGAGGGGUUCACUUGCGGGUCGCUUGCCGCCAUGUGCGAGGCGGCGACAGCAGCGGCCUCAGCGCGGCGAGGAGGUGCCGCGUCAUCUCGUGCGGUCAGCCGCAAGUCUGCCGUCGCCGGCCCCACAGCCUCCAGCGGCAGCAGCGCCGCCGGGAGCCGUCAGACAAGGGGCACACCCCGCAAGCUUUUGGGCGCCAAGGCAGGCGGCGCAUCAGCCGGCGUGGGCGCAGGCGAGAGGGCAGAUGUGCCCAGCCCUGUGGAGCAGUCUGACCUGGAGGCCGCCCUGCAGGGCCUGGCCUGCCAGCGGGUGAUGGGCGAGCAGGCGGAGCGGAUGCGGUUGUUUCGGGAGCAGGUGGAGGCACAAUGGCCGAAGCGGGCUUGAGGAUGUGGCGGUCAGGGGCCGGGCCGGGUUUAUAGUGGCAAUAGGAAUGCCUACUGAUACCCGUUGAUUGAACUGGACGUGAAUGCCAAGUUCAUGUUGGGGGGCGCGGGGAGAACAUGCGAAGCGGGCGGGACCGUGGCAGACUGUGUUUUCCAAUUCGGGCGGGAACUCAGGCGGGAAUCC